AUGUUCAAACAAUUAUAUCGCCUACCAUGCCGGUCAAACUUGAUACAAUUGGCACCCGGUAGCCGGCGAUAUCUCCAGACCAAAAAGCAACACUCCCUACCAGCAGCAUACUACCGCGGCGGCACCUCACGUGCGGUCUUCUUCAAGCAGGAAGACCUGCCCCCAAACAGAAAAGACUGGGCCCCCAUAUUCCGCAGUGUAAUCGGCAGUCCAGAUCCCUAUGGCCGACAACUAGACGGAUUAGGGGGUGGGAUAUCCAGCCUCUCGAAGGUCUGCGUAGUCGGCGCAUCGACACACGACGAAGCCGACGUUGAUUACACCUUCAUCUCGCUCGGCAUCAAGAACACCGACGUCGACUAUUCCAGUAAUUGCGGGAACAUGAGCUCCGCCGUCGGCCCCUUCGCCGUCGAUGCACACGUGUUCCCAUUACAGGAUCCCAGCCCGGAUUCAGCCUCGGUACGCAUCCACAACACCAACACCGGCAAGAUCAUCCAUUCGUCCUUCCCCGUUGUCGACGGUGAAGCUGCUGCCAGCGGUGACUUCGCUAUAGACGGUGUCGCUGGUACAGCGGCCCGCGUCCAGCUCGACUUUAUCAACCCCGCCGGCUCGGUCACGGGGAAACUCUUGCCUACCGGCAAUGUCGUCGACACCUUUGACGGAAUCAGGGCUACGUGCAUCGAUGUCGGAAACCCGUGUGUCUUUGUGCAGGCGCUUGAUCUCGCCGUGAGUGGGAAUUUGACUCCUGAUGAGAUCACUGCUCAUCCGGAUUUGCUGCCGCGGUUGGACUCUAUUCGUCGGCAGGCGGGCGUUAAGAUGGGUAUUGCGGAUGAGACUGGGGCGGUUCCCGGGAGUGUGCCUAAGAUCUGUGUUGUGGCUGCCCCUUCUACUACCGAUUCUAGAGAUAUCGAGCAGAGGCAGACGUCUACUGAUGUUGAUCUUCUGGCUCGUGCCCUUUCUGUUGGACAGCCGCAUAGGGCGGUCCCGAUUACUGUCGCUUUGGCUCUUGCUGCUGCUGCUCGUGUGCCGCAGAGUACAGUGGCAGGCGUUGUGGAUAAGGACCCUGUUGAUAGUGCUGGUAUUACUAUCGGUCAUGCUAGUGGGAAUUUGCUGGUUGGUGCCAAUUUCGAUGUAGAUGGAGCAUUGACUUCUGCCACGGUCUUUCGUACAGCGCGUCGUUUGUUUGAGGGGCGCAUUUACUGGAAGAAUGAUAAUUGA